AUGCCCGGAGACGGACAAAAUCUAACACGAGAAGAGUUCGAAGGCAGAAGAGAUGGAAUGCUAGGAUCGGGGGAGGGUGACUUUGGUAACAGUUCCCCUGCCGACGAGGCGAGCGACAGCGAGGGUAGGAAUGAAGCAGAAGAGCUGCGAGAAGAGUGGGAAAGACUGAGAAGAAGAGGUGCAGAUGGGGAUGCAACGACGUCGCAGCCGGGGAGCCAGGAAGAACACAGCGCCAGCGAAAAUAUGGAAAAGCGGCACCGUCAAGCACCCAGACGCCAGGUCCAUGCGCCGGCAGCAGCACCAGCAUGGUAG